ACACAUUGUUACGAACGCACAGCGUAAUCAGACUUGAGCAAGUUGAUAUGGUUUAUACAAGAAUACUAAUCAUUUUAAGUGAUUUAUAAAUAUUACAAUAAUAUUAUUAUUGUAUUGUAUUUAUAUACAUCUUAGUAUUCAGUGAGAACGAGAACUUCUAAAUCUAACUUAGUUAUUUAUCGAGCCUCACUACCAAUAUGAAUUCCAGUGGGGCGCUUGGACUUCGUAUUCCUGAAUGGAAUCUGAACAAAAGCCAAUAUGACGAAGUCGACAGCUUACCGCUUAUAGCCAGCAUUGGCCCAGUAUUGACCAUAUUGGCCACAUAUUUAGUGUUCGUGUUGAAGAUUGGCCCGGCUUUGAUGACGAAGCGAGAACCUUUCAAACUGAACACCACACUACUCCUAUACAAUGGAAUACAAGUUAUUAUAUCUGUAUAUUUAGUGCAAAGGUACUUAAUGAAUAUACUCAACUUUGGAUUACUUCCAAAGAAAUGUUACAUACAGGAUGUUGAACACAGAAACAAUAUCCUGAUAGGAAUUUGGCUUUACUUCGCAGCGAAAGUCACCGAGCUCCUGGAUACGAUAUUCUUCGUUUUAAGAAAGAAAGACAAUCAGGUCACCUUCCUGCAUUUAUACCAUCACUCCAUCAUGAUGAUUGGAACGUGGUGUUACAUCAAAUACUGGCCGUCACACACUCUCAUUUUUAUCGGCUUCCUAAACUCCCUCGUACACGUUUUUAUGUACACGUACUAUGGCUUGUCAGCUCUUGGCCCGAAUGUCGCCAAGUACUUGUUCUGGAAGAAAUAUAUGACAAAGUUUCAAUUGGUACAAUUUGUAUGUAUAAUAAUACAGUACGUGUUCGCGGUGAGAAACUCUGAAUGUCCACCAGCGAAAGGUGUCGCCACAUUCGUCGCCUGCAACACCGGCUUCUUCCUUGUUCUUUUCCUUAACUUCUAUCGUCACAGCUAUAAUCGUAAAUUAAAGAAAACUAGCAACAGUGUAUGCCAAACAAUAAAUAAAUUAGAAGAAACUAAAGACAAAAAUAUGUAA